AUGGGUUCAAUUCGCCGGUCAAAGACGAAGCGCCGUACUAGGGACUACGACCAAGUCGUGGCCGACCUACGUUCGCGCAAGCAUCUCACCCAGUACCACAACACAAAAGACGUCGAGGACCUUCCCGGUUUAGGAAAGCAUUACUGUGUCGAGUGCGCCAAAUGGUUUGAAAGUGAUUAUAACCUUGUCGCCCAUAGAAAGGGGAAGAAUCACAAACGAAGGCUCCGAAUGCUUCUACAUGAACCCCAUACACAGAAGACAGCUGAGGCAGCAAUUGGGCUCGGAGUAGAUAAUGGGCCGAGGACAACCGAUAGCAACACUGCUAUGGAGAUCGAGACCGAGGUGUGA